AUGGCAGGCAAACAAUCACCAAUAAUUUAUCCAAUGACAGUACCAACUUUAACACCUUCAAUUAUAUUGACCAUAUUAUUUCUAUCAACGUCAUCACUUCAUCUAUAUCGUAUGAUAAAGUUUCGUAGGCCAAUUUACUCGUACUUAUUUGCAUUUAGUUUUGUAAGAUUAUUACUCUUCAUAGUUCGUACAGCAUGGUCAACGAUAUAUCACUCAAUCACAUUAAACAUAAUCACAAGAGUUUUAUUGGUAGGAGGAUUUUUCAUAAUAAUAGAAGCAUUAUAUACAUUAUUAACGGAUUGGUUAAUAAUCACUUUAAUUGGUGAAACAUCAACUUCAAAUUACAAUCAUAAUAACGAAGAGGGAGAUGCUAUAAUACCAAAAUUUACAAAAUAUACAAUAAAAUUUAUAAAGUUACCUAGUGAUAGUCGUAAUCUAUAUGUUAUUUAUAACAGAUUUUGUCUUAAAAUGUCAUACGGUUUCUCCACAAAUCAUGCAGAAUUUGGUGAACACAUUCAUUUCCGAGAAAAUAAACCUGAUCCAGGCUCCAUAUUUGGUGUACCAUUGAUGCGAGAAAAUAUCAUUUUCCAGGAAUUGCCUGAUGGUCAACUAGCCAACUAUAAUGCAUUGCCUGUAAUGGAUUUAUGGGGAGACCUUGUCACAUUUGAUGGAUUGCUACGCCGUGGCCAUCAUCUUCAAUCUAAUGUGUCGUUAUGUUCACCACCUGACAAAGAUGAUGAUCCAACAUUUGAUCCAAGUGACCUGUUGUGCAUUAACCCAAUUGAGAAACGUAAAGCAUUGGCCGAGUCACAAAAAUAUAAAAGAGACCUGAAUAUCAUGUUGAGGGUUUUUCAAGAGGUUAAAGAUUUUGCUGAAAAAAAUGAAAAGAACAUGGGUCCAAGAAAAUUUAUAAGGACUUUUUUGAAAAUAUUAAAUGGAACAUUCGUGCCACCACCCAUCAUAUUCAAUGAUCGCAACGAUAGCAAUUAUAUAUUAACAGACGUUGAUCAAUAUGAUGAUAACAAAUUGAUAGCUGGAAGUAACGGUGGUUUUAAUCAAGAUAUUAGUAACAGUCUAUUGGUAGAUGGGGGUAAUGCAUUAACUCAAGCUGUUAAUAAUAACAUAUUAACAGAAGCCAACACCAAUACAACGAUAAUGGAUGAGGAUAACCAAAUUGCACAGAAAGUGGAAACGAAAUAUAAAGAACAAAUCAAACCUUUGAGGAUUUAUGAAGAGAUGUUUAAUGAAUUGCUUAAUUAA